CCAGACCUGAUUCGUUUCAAUAACUACAAGCAAUCAAAUAAAAAUAUCAAUUUUGUUAUUAUUGUGUGGGUAUUUAUUUAAAAAUGACAUAAAUGAACGGCAAUUGCCAUUAAUUGCUGUCUCCACGGGACGAUCUGCACAAGGGGAUUGGAGAUCUACCUUUGCCCCUUUUCAAUUCUGCUCCUGUUGUCUAAUUUUCCUUCAUUCUCUCUCGCUCUCUCGCUUUCUCUCUCGUCCAAGUGCCAUGUGCAGUGUUUGUAGCAGAAUACAUUUUUCAUUUAUUUUCAAUCCUUAUUAGGUAAUGAAGGGUUUGUCAGACUCAAGUGAGAAUCCAUCAUUGCCUCUCGUGCAUUCUACUUGCACAGAGAAAGAACUGGCACCUGAGGCUAGAGAAGAAGAGCAACAUCAUUCUUUACAUCCAAAGGCAACCUUAUGGUCAAGUUUCAUUUCCUCCUUCUCUGUCUUUGAGUCUCACAGUGACAUAUCCUCCUCUGAUAGAACUCAAAGCUCCAUUGCUGGGACGUCUGGGUGGACAGCAGCGGUUAGGAGAGCAGUUGCUAGUGGUCCUAUGAGGCGACUCCAGGAGCGCAUUAUGGGGCCCUGGUUGACAGGUUCCUCUGCAUCUGGUAGUGCAAUUUGGCUUCUAGGGACGUGCUAUAAGAUUUUGCCUGAUGAAUCUUCUAGUGAGUCCACUAGUAGCCAAGGCUUUGUGGAUUUUAUGGAUGAUUUCUCGUCAAGGAUUUGGAUCACUUACAGAAAAGGUUUUGAACCAAUAGAAGAUACAAAUAUUGUUAGUGAUGUUGGCUGGGGAUGUAUGCUUCGGAGUGGGCAGAUGCUGGUAGCUCAGGCUUUGCUUUCUCAUCAUUUAGGGAGGUCUUGGCGAAAGCAAAUGGAUAAGCCAUUCGAUCGGGAGUAUAUCGAGAUCUUGCAAUGUUUUGGAGAUUCCCUGUCUGAGGCGUGUCCUUUCUCUAUACACAAUAUACUCGAAGCUGGAAAAUCUUCUGGCUUAACCGCUGGUUCCUGGUUGGGGCCAUAUGCAUUAUGUCGUUCAUUGGAGGCACUUGUGCGUGCUGGAAAGGAACGUUGUAUCACUGGGAAGUUCAAUUGUAUAUUUCCUAUGGCAGUUUAUGUUGUUUCUGGUGAUGAAUAUGGUGAACACGGGGGAGCUCCAAUUCUUUGCAUUGAUGAUGCUGUUAGACUGUGUGCAGAGUGGUCCAAUGGACAAGGGGAAGCUCAGGUUCCUCUUUUAAUAUUGGUGCCCCUUCUUCUUGGUGUAGGAAAGAUUAAUCCAAGGUAUAUACCCUCACUUUGUGAAACAUUCACAUUCCCCCAAAGUCUUGGAAUGGUUGGUGGAAAGCCUGGAGCCUCAACCUAUAUGAUAGGAGUUCAAGAUGAUCAAGCUCUGUACUUGGAUCCACAUGAAGUGCAGCAGGUGACGGAGAUAUCGCCUGAUAAUAUGGGGGUUGAUACUAGCUCCUAUCAUUGCAGUGUUGUAAGAAAGAUGGCACUCAGUGGCAUUGAUCCAUCAUUAGCCAUAGGUUUUUACUGCCGAAAUAAAGAUGAUUUUGAUGACUUGCAUGCACGAGCAACUCACCUUGCAACUCAAUCAAAUGGGGCUCCAUUGUUCACUGUUACCAAGAGUCUCAACAAAUCAAAGGAAAUAAGUGCCUGCAUAUCUGAGGGAGUGAAAUCAGUGUCAGAAAUUCAAGAUUCUGUGACCCUAGAGAAUGAAAAUGUGACGAGUCCAUCUUCUAGUGAAGAUGAUUGGGAAAUUGUUUGAUUGUCAAACCAGAUUGUUGCUGGCUGUUGACUAACAUGUUAACUUGAAUGAUUAAAAAUCAGUCUCAGAUUAUUUGCUUUUGCAAAGGUUACUAUUACAAUUUACACUUAAUUUUCAUUCAUGAUACCGGUUCAUAAAUUGGUAGUAACUGCAUAGCAGUUGACAGUAGCUGCAUUAUAGUUGAGAGAUGAGCAGGUAUUAUUUGUGAUUCUGUAGCAGUGGAUAACUUAUUGUCAGUUUGUAUUCUUUUCAUCCAAUUUAUUGCCACUGUAAUGAAUAACUGAUUCAUUGAUUUGGGGAAAUGCCUUGAUCUGUUUAAUGAUGUGUUGUCGACAAAAGGCCAGUUAGAAUUCCAACAGAAAUGAAAAAUAGUGAUUUGAUUUGUGUA